AUGUCUAACUUGAUUGAUAAGGCUUACGGACAGUAUGCAGCGAGUAAGGGUAGUGGAACACUUUCAUCACAUCAUCACUCGCUUCUAUCGGAUCCUGAGCUAGUAGAUGAUUAUCAGGAUAUUAUGCAGGGCCUUUCGAGCGCUGGAACUGGGCUAAAAACAGAAGAUGAAAUGAGUACUAGUGCCAGUGUUGUUGUUACCUCGAGGCCCACGACUCCAAAUAAAAAGCCGCCACCUGGCUCGGCGGAAAAGCAGGAAACCGUGGUUCCCAAGCAGGCGCUGGGAUCACCGCUGAAACAGAUGGUUCAAACGAGUGAGUUCGAGUCGAGCACGCUGCGAAGUAAACAAGGUGUGGAUUCGCUGAAAUUAGUUGCUAGUGCAGGUGAGAAGUCUCGGGCUGAGAGCGUGAGUGAAGUGUCGAACGAAUCAGGGUAUGAGGGUUCUAGUGUUGGCGAGGCAAGUUCAAAUUACAGUGUUGAAGACGAGCAAUCGCCAUAUUGCUAUUCUGACUCGGAUUUUGAAGAGAGUGUCGAACGAGGGCUACAGCAGAUGGAUAUUGAUAUAGUGGGUAAGGAGGAGUCCACUCUUCAUCCAACUCGAAAACCUCCUUCUGCAGAUAAAAAAUUGGUGGGAAGUUUCUUUAAAAACGCUAGGCGGGCCAGUUUGGACAGCAGCGAUGAUGUAGAAGGCCAAUUAGACUCCUCUGAUGAGGACUCGGCGAAGUGCCCUGAGUUAGAGGAAGAUGAUAACGGCGAUGAGUAUAUUCCUUUGCCACCGCCACAAGAGUUAGAUCCAAGCAAGUUGUACGCUCUUUAUGCAUUCCAAGGACAGGAUCCAUCGUAUUGUCAACUAGAGCAGGAUCAAGAUUGCGUUUUAUUAAAUGACCAAGACUCCUAUUGGUGGUUGGUUAAGCGCUGCUCUGACGGUAAAAUUGGCUUUGCCCCUGCCGAACUUUUGGAGACCUUCCCGGAACGGCUUGCAAGACUAAAUUGUUGGAAGAAUGAAAAUCUCUCCUCUCAUGGGACCCCAGAAGAUGUUACUGAGCCGCCAAAGUCCAGUGAAUACGACAUUGAAAGUCCUAUGAAAACACUGGAUGAGAAUGCUAAGUCAGUUAGUUUCAAUGAAGUUGUCGCCUAUGCAGAGCGAUACAUCCAACUAUCUGCCUCUGAUGAUAACAUUGAAGUUGAUUCGAAUUCAGAUAAUGAAGGGCAUGACGUUAUCCUGCAUAUAGACGAGAUUCACGAAACAAAGCUAAUUGAUCACCAUCCCACCAACGAUGGUGUCAGCGAUAUUAUAAGCGAUGCUGCUUUUACGACAGCAGACAUGCUGCCGUUAGAUGUUAAAAAAACGAGAAACUACAAGAGGGAUAUAAGUAACAGUGAUAAUAAUGGCAACAAUUAUAGCAAUAACAAUAAUAAUGAGGAUGAUACUGCCGGUAGCAGUGUCAAUAACGGUACAGGUGACAGUCCUGUUGGGCUUAGAAAUACGAUGGUUCGUAAAGAACAAAACUAUAACAUAGAUGAUGAUCUGAAACAAAUUUUUAAAGCUCCUGUGGUUCCUUUUUCACAGGCGCGUGGGAAUGACAUUUCACGGUCGAGUUCUCACAAUUCCAUUUCGACUAUUGGGGAAUACUCUCCCUCUUCUUCCGAAUACACGAAUGAUUCGCCGCAGUUCGAUAAUGAUGGGAAAUUUACUAGAAAAUCCGUAGAUGAUAGCUUUCCGACUACCAGAGCAAUCCAGGACAUUUCUCGGUUAGUCAGCGACGCAACUGAUGAAACUUUGAAUAUCGAAUCUCCAUCAGUGCGACCAACAGGUCAGCUUACGAAUUCUUCGGUUACUGAAGAAUCUCCAUUCUCAUCCAGUUCUACGGCGGAUAUUAAUACUAUUAUAACCAAGGCGGACUCUGACGAAUGGCUUGUGUGUUCACAAAAAAUUCAAAAUUCUUUUUCAUCAAUUGCUAGCACACAAUCUCUUGGGAAAUCUGCUCAUCAUCCAAUUAUUGAUGAGCUCUAUGAAGCGGUUUUUGAAAGGAUAAAUGAGCUGCAGCAGAAACUGGAAAAACUGAAGAGUUCCAGUCCUGAUGAAACUGCUUGA